AGAGUCUGCUGCAAGCCUACGCUGAUCAUGUCUGAGUCUGGAACCUGCACUUCCAUCAUCAACUUGCGCUACCAAGAUGGCAGCGAGGGAAGCGCCACCAACCCAGCCAAGUUCAAGAACCAAGACUAUGCGCAGCUGAAGGACUACUGUGCCGCCAGAAGGAGGCUGUUCAUAGACAACGCCUUCCCACCUGACAACCGAUCUUUGGGUGACCUGCCCAGCUUGGCUUCCUGGCAAGAAGAUGAUGUGAAAUGGCUUCGCCCAGCUGAUAUCUUGAAAUUGCAAAAUAACAGCAGUGAGCCUACAUUUUGCUUAAAAGGAGCCUCCCGGUUUGACUUUGGGCAAGGCAGUGUAGGUAACUGCUGGUUUUUGGCUGCAAUUGCCUCCCUAACGUUCAGGAAAGAACUGAUGGCUCAAGUAAUGCCCAUGGACCAGUCCUUCAAGGACUAUGCAGGAAUAUUUCACUUCAGGUUUUGGAGGUUUGGCAAGUGGGUGGAUGUUGUCAUUGACGACUACCUGCCAACAUACCACAACCAAUUACUAUCUGUGUAUAGCAAAAGUGGAAACGAGUUCUGGGUUCCCCUGCUGGAAAAGGCCUUUGCCAAAGUGUGCGGCUCAUACGCCGACAUGAACGCAGGACUGCCGGCAGAUGCGUGCAAGGAUUUCAGUGGAGGCGUGAACAUGACUUACGACCUUGGGGGGUCCCACUAUGCGGGACACGAUGAGGACCUGUGGCUCGCAUUGACCCGAGCCGCCGGCUGCCGAUCUAUGAUCUGCUGCGGGACUGCCUCAGGGGGGAGGAUGGUCAACGCGAUUUCACAAACGGGAUUGGUGGAUGGGCAUGCCUACUCAGUCACAAAGGUCACCGAGGUUGAGCAUUACGGCUCCAAAGUGAGGCUGGUGCGACUCAUGAACCCCUGGGGCAAACAAGAGUGGAAGGGAAAGUGGAGCGACAACUCGGAUCUGUGGAACAGAGUGAGCCCGGCAGAUCGGGAGAAGUGUUUAAAUCUUAAUAAUGGAGAAUUCUGGAUGGCGCUGGACGACUUCUGCUACUAUUUCCACAUGGUAUCCGCGUGCUGUGAGAACCCUAAUUUCAUUGACGGGGACUACAAGUGCCAGUGGAAGUGCAUGAUUUACGAUGGCAAAUGGGUAGCGGGGAGAUCUGCUGGUGGCAGCCUAAAUGACAGAACCUUUUACACAAAUCCUCAAUACCGCAUUCAGGUGAAAAUCAUAGAUAAGACGGAGCCCGGAGACAAGAACAUGCUGCUCUCCCUGAUGCAGAAACCUGAGGGCGAACAUCGCUUGAAGAAACGAUUCCACCCAAUUGGACUCGUCGUUUUCAAACUGAUGUUGACGAAACCAUCCCAUCCAUGUUCUUCUCAGACCCCACAGGGGCGCUUGAGGUCGUCCUUCUUCAAAACCAACCGUCCUAUUAAAGACAAACUGUCUUACAGCUAUGAGAGGGAUGUGAUUGUGCAGUACAGCGUGGAGCCUGGGGAGUACGUGGUCGUCCCUUCCACCAUCAAACCCUACAUGUCCACAGACUUCGUUCUCACCGUCUACACUAAGGCCGAGACUACAAUCAGUCACUAUGAUGAAGAUGAUGAUGAUGAUGAUCAUGAUCAUGAUCAUGAUGAUGAGAAGGAAGAGGAGACAUUAAUUCUUCCAGAAAUACCGACCAAGCCGGAGGAGGAGGACACCGACAAGGAUUCCGGCAGUGACUUAUUCAACCGCUACGCCAAUCAGAGAGGCGAGCUGACUUCCAUCCGGCUUCAGAGGCUUCUGAACGACAACUUCCCUCACGGCACCCGGUACGGCUUCGGGCUGGACACCUGCAGGAGUUUCAUUGCUACGGUUGAUUUUGACCAAAGGUUGAAGAUGACGAGCAAAGAGUUCUCCGUUUUCUGGAAGAAGAUGAAUGAAUACAAGGAUCUCUUCCGUCGCCAUGACGUGAAUCGAAAUGGAUCCCUGUCUGAGUCUGAGCUCCAGAAAGCUAUUGAGGCUGCAGUAAUGAACGUGAACAGCGGCAUGGUGCGGACGGUGAGCUUUAGGUAUUCCAGCUCCUCAUCUACGACCUUGGAAGACUUCAUCACCAUCAUGUUCCGCUUAGACAAGAUGUCAGGCAUUUUCAAGGACAAAUCUUCUGAGGAUGGGAUGAUCAGUCUGAACUGGGACGAGUGGUUCAUCAACUCCAUGUACAACUAAACCAGCGCCGAGACGCCGGCCCCAGCGACUCGCUUCAGAAGAUCCUUGCUAUCAAAUGUGUUUUAUUGGGCUUUCGGGGGUUCCAACAGCUAGAACUCUUUUCUUCCUAACAUGGUCCCAAACAACCCGCCACUUCUUUUUAUUAUCCCAAAUAGAGCUGGCCUGGAGGCUAAAUGAUCUUUGCUAUUGGGUUUCUGCUUUAAGGAUACUACAUUGUUUAUUUUAACCCUUAUUUUGAUAUCUUCUUGAAAUCUUUUGACUUAAAUUUUAUUCCGUACUAUAAAAUAAAAUGUGGCCCAGUUUAUUCUGUGGUAACUUUAGAAGUUUCUCAUAUUGGAAUUGUGCUCAAACACCCCACAUCUCUACCCAUACAAGUCUUCCUUUCAAAGACUUGCUACCAAAGCGUACACAUUCUCCAGACGUUGGAUAGAAUUAUCACAGAAUUAUUCACCUCCUUUUUUACUGUUUUGUUUCUUACAUUUAAAGCGGCACUAUGUAACUUUUCCACCUUAAUGUAAUAUUUCCAGAGUCAUUGUGAUGGUACAUCAACUUCCAACAGGUUUAAUGAACCUCUGUCAUGGUCUGAGGGGUCUGUAUCGCCUUCACUGGCACUAUGUAACUUUGAGGAGCAUGGUAGGAACCCUGCCACACUAAAAAACUACACAUUUUUACAGCUUUGACUGCUUUACGGCAUACGUCACUUCCCCCUCCUUCCCGAUUCGCAGUCGAGACGAAAAUGGGCGGGGCUUGGAGCGCAGAGCUCAGGAGAAGCUGGUAACCCGUUGCUGUGUUGUGGCUGCAGCAGCUCCACAUAACAGACGUGGGGAAAAGAUCCUAAUGGUUUAACUUUUCACCACUUUCCUGCUUGGAGGCAGAACCACGGAGGCCAAGUAUCUGAUAUAACAGAGUAAAAGAGUGAAAGAGUCAUCGGCUCGCUUGGUCAGUACAAUCUGCAUUGAGACUUCUCGCUUCGGGAAUCCUGGUCUGUGAUUGGACGCUGCCUCGGCGUCGCCGCUGCUCAUUUGCAUAAAGUUCAGAUUUUUCAACUUCAAAUUGACGCUCCGGCGCGCGUUUUCAUAGACAAUGAAUGGCAGCCGGCUGCCUAUGACGCCCGUGACGCUUUCAGUGUGAACGCAGGGUAAGUGUCCUCGCGACAGACGGUGUCUGGGGACGGCCCCCGGAGCUUUGGCCAUGUGUUGGCCGGCCUGCCUGCCUGCCUGCCUGCCUGCCUGCCUGCCUGCGACCCUGUAUGACUCCUGUUUUUUUGGAUUUUGGCUGCCCCUUCGAAUUGUUUGCCUGAUCUGCCUGACUACCCGGUUUUGACCCCUGCCUGCCUUGGACCUGAAUAAAGCCUCUUGGACUCUG